AUGGAAGAAGACAAAUGUUCACAUAUAAUGUUUGGCAGUGUCUAUAGGUACUUUUCUUUACUGGACAGUGCCUGGGAAGAUGUUACCCAGGCACUCUCCGUAGGACAGUACCUGCUGAUCACUACAACUUUCUUAAGGAUAUUAGCCGUUACCACUGCCACACUCUCCCUAUUUCCCUACGCCACUAACCAGAGCCACUUUCUCGCCCUGGCAGGGAGUGAGCGUGGACCCAGGAUAGUAGAGCACCCAAAGUCCAUCGUAGUGCCCAGAGGAGACCCAGCCACUCUCAACUGUGCUGCUGAGGGAUCCCCGGAGCCCAAGAUCACCUGGUUCAGGGACGGAGUAGUGGUGACCACGUCCCAGGAAGACCCCCGCUCCCACAGGGUGGUCUUUCCCUCGGGGUCGCUCUUCUUCCUCUCCAUCAAACAAGGCAAGAAAGAGAGUGACGCCGGCGUCUACUACUGCGUCGCCACCAACGCUGUCGGCAGAGCUGCGUCUACUAACGCCACCCUUACUAUUGCUAUGCUGCGGGAGGAGUUCCGCACGGUGCCGCAGGAUGUUGCCGCAGCCUCCGGGGACCGAGCUGAGAUUCUGUGCGUCCCUCCCCGAGGUCACCCUCCACCUGACCUCUCCUGGACCCGCAACGGUCAUCCCAUUGCCCUCAAGGAGGAGGCCGAGAGAAUCAAAGUAGAAAAUAGCAUAGGUAAGGAAGUAACGAGGGAACGCAACACUCCUAAAGCUGAGACAAGCUAA